AGACAACGGGAUCCACCUCCCGCUCUUUUCCUUCAUCCUUCUCCUUCAGCUUCCAAUGCCUCUCUACCACCAAAUGGCCCACCGCCUACUGUUCCCUUUCUGGGCCAGCCAAACCUGACGCCUGGCUACCGCUCAAAUGCUGAGCGUGCACCUUCUGUCCGUUCCGGCACCGUUCUCACGCCGAGCCCCCAACGGCCUGGCCUCUUUCCCGCGGAAAGCACUCGAGCAACUGGUGACCGGACGGAUCUCUUAUGGUCUGAGAUGCAAGCAACUCUCGAGGACGUUGAGCUUUCAGCAUCUGGAGGAACUCACGUGUUUGGACCCGAUCAUGACCGCAAGCUGGCUGAUCUAAGAGCUGCUCAGAUUGCUCUUGCUCAAGCCUGGGCCAGGAGUGAAGCAGACGAUGUGAUAGAGACAGCGCAGCACGACCAUGCCUCCAUGGCCAUUGGAAGCAGCAGCAUCCCACGUCCUAAUAGCAGCGGGGCAGGAGUCGAGGGGCUUGGUGACAAGCUGGAAGAAGAGACAGAAGUGGAUAUUCUACUUGCGCGGAAGAGGAGAGAAGCCAACGAUCGGUAUUUCCAGCGAGUCAACCAAGGAGUUAUCGACGUUGUCACCCGAUUGGAGGAUGUUGCUCUGGCUAUGAGGGCUGUUGAGCAAGAAAGCAAGGAGGUGUGGAAUGAAACUGAAGGU